AUGGGAAAGAACAAGAAAUCAUCCGUUCCGAGCGAAGAACAUCUCGUCUUACCCUCCCAUUCGGCUCUGGCAGAUGCAGAUACACCCUACGCCAUCGUGGACACACACACGCACCUCAUAUCAACAUUCAGCUCAUAUCGCAGCAAAUACAAGAAUGGACAGUUUGGUACUGUCUUCGAUUUUGUGCGCGGAUUGUACCACGGCCGCAACGUUGAGGCAAUCGUCGAUGUCUGGUGCGAAGCACCGGUGCAAAAGAUCUGGCGAUCCAUUGCGGACUCUGCGCUCACGGAGGAGAGUAGGCGGGACAAGUGGAGUGGUAUCGAGUAUUGGUUUGUGAUGGGCGUUCACCCACAUGAAUCAAGCCAGUACACGGACAACGUAGAGGCAGACAUUCUGGAGGCGAUGGCUCAUCCACGCUGUGUGGGAUGGGGCGAGAUAGGUCUGGAUUAUCACUAUGAUAAUUCGCCGCGUGAUAUACAGCAGGCUGUCUUCGUUCGUCAGCUGAAGCAGGCAGUCCGGCUUGGGAAACCUCUGACAAUUCAUACCCGAGAGGCUGAGGCUGACACAGAGCACAUUCUGAAGGAACAUGUCCCGAAAGACCACAGGAUUCACGUCCAUUGCUACACGGACUCGCCCGAGUGGGCUGCGCGAAUGCUAGACCACUUUCCUAAUUUGUACAUUGGAGUCACAGGCGUGAUUACCUACUCUACUAACGCGAAUACCUCUGCCGUGGUGCGCAACUUUUCCUCGGAUCCGUCUGUUCCGCUGCGAAUCCUACUCGAAACCGACGCGCCAUUCAUGAUCCCCUCGAAUCUAUAUGAUUCCUUGAAGAACGUAAAAGGCAGACUUCCACUGUGCCAUACGGCUAUGAUUCCAUGGACUGCAGACUUCGUAGCGAACGUUGCGAACGGCGAUAAACACGAUAACGCGUGGGAUGCAAUUAGAGUUCUGCAAGAAUCUAGACAGAAUGCGCGUAAUAUGUAUGGUGUAUAG